CUGAAACCCUAGCUCCCACUCCGUUUUCUGCUGUGGUUUCGUUGUCAUACUUCUGCGCGCACUCGUUUCUCCUUUUUGUUUUCUUGUUCUACUUCUCUCGGUCGGCAAACGGGAUCUGCCCCUUCUUCUCUGUCUGCAAUAAGUAGGGCUUUUCAGCGUAGCCAUGGCUGCUGCCACAGUGGUGCCUGCGAACAGGACGGGCCGGAGAAGUGGGCCAGGACCCAGCGACGAUAACAUAGAAUUUGAAACGAGUGCAGGCGUGGAAGCAAUCACGUCGUUCGAUCAGAUGGGCAUCAGAGACGAUCUUUUGAGAGGAAUAUAUGCUUACGGGUUUGAGAAACCAUCGGCUAUACAGCAGAGAGCAGUGCUACCCAUCAUCAAGGGUCGUGAUGUCAUCGCUCAGGCACAGUCUGGUACGGGGAAGACCUCCAUGAUUGCCCUCACUGUCUGCCAAAUGGUCGAUACCUCCAGCCGAGAGGUCCAAGCAUUGAUCCUGUCACCUACCAGGGAACUUGCUGCACAGACUGAGAAAGUAAUUUUGGCAAUUGGUGAUUACAUAAAUAUACAGGCUCAUGCAUGCAUUGGAGGCAAAAGCGUGGGUGAGGACAUAAGGAAACUGGAGUAUGGAGUCCAUGUAGUGUCUGGAACACCUGGCAGGGUUUGUGACAUGAUAAAGAGAAGAACAUUACGCACAAGAGCUAUCAAGCUAUUAGUCCUUGAUGAAUCUGAUGAAAUGUUGAGUAGAGGGUUUAAGGAUCAAAUUUAUGAUGUGUACAGAUAUCUUCCGCCAGAGCUUCAGGUUGUGUUGAUUUCUGCAACCCUUCCUCAUGAGAUAUUGGAAAUGACAAACAAGUUCAUGACUGAUCCUGUUAGGAUCCUUGUGAAGCGUGAUGAAUUGACUUUGGAGGGUAUCAAACAGUUCUUUGUUGCUGUUGAAAGAGAGGAGUGGAAAUUUGAUACUUUGUGUGAUCUCUAUGAUACACUUACAAUCACUCAAGCUGUUAUUUUUUGCAACACCAAGCGAAAGGUUGAUUGGCUAACUGAGAAGAUGCGGAGCAAUAACUUCACAGUCUCCUCAAUGCAUGGUGACAUGCCCCAGAAGGAACGUGAUGCUAUAAUGUCAGAGUUCAGGUCAGGAACGACCCGUGUUCUCAUCACAACAGAUGUAUGGGCUCGGGGGCUUGAUGUUCAACAGGUGUCUCUGGUUAUCAAUUAUGACCUACCAAAUAACCGUGAGCUUUACAUUCAUCGUAUAGGACGCUCUGGUCGUUUUGGCCGUAAGGGAGUUGCAAUCAACUUUGUACGCAAUGAUGACAUUAGGAUUCUAAGAGACAUAGAGCAGUAUUACAGUACACAGAUUGAUGAGAUGCCAAUGAAUGUGGCCGAUCUAAUUUGAGAUCAGGGUUUGGUGUGCUUCUUAUCUUGAUGAAACGGUGUAAUGUUUGUCAGCGAGCUUUGUUGGUGUGAUCAAGAUUUCUAGGAGCUUUGACAACCUGAAUGGUUGUAAAUUUGAAGGUUGAUAGUCGUUGUAUUAUUGGAAUGGCGAAGUUGCAGUUUGAUGCAGUGAAGAUCCGAGAUUGUUAAUUAAUCUAGAGAAAGAGGGGUGGUUUUGUCUCAGGCUUGUAUUGACGAUAUUGGUUGUUAACGGGGAGGUCAUGACUAAUCUACUGUAUUUUAAACGCCGGACCUUGGUGCGGAAUCAUGAUCCCCGCUUUGUUUGUUAAGUAGUGAUUUUAUCUUGGUACCCAGGUACCAGGAACCUGACUUAUUUGACAACCAUCUUUUGACUUGAUGCAUUUGGACACUUGGUAUCCAUGUUCCACCCUGGUAAUACUAUUCCUUUCUAUUUUCCUAAAUUAUGUAUUUCUGCAACAUCAGGUGUUUUGAGUUAGCUUCACUGGAACAUAUUUUUCAAUUUUCUA